CUAAACUGUCCUUUAUGACGGUGACCUUUGAACUCUGACUGCAUUUCAGGGCAGAUUUGUCAGGAAGUUGUGGUUCACUCCAAAACCUGUUGUGUUUCUCUGACAGCUGAAGUUCAUCAUCACUACACGACACUUUGCUGGGGUCUCAUCAUGGCAGGGGGAGAUACCUGCCCACCCCACGCCCCUCUCCUGCCCCAUCAGCUGUUCUGCUGGGGCCUCUUCUCACAGUUUUAUCUGAACCUAGCCGUCGUUUUCCUCCAUUCCUCUGUGCCCGUCCCGUUUGGCGUUCCCCUGGCCGAGGAGCUGCAGGCGCUGCGUUCAGCUGAAGACAGAAAAGCAGAGAAAUGCUCAGACGGUUGGGAGACCUUCUGCUCCUGCUGGGAGUCAUUGGUUUGAGUUUUGCUGCAACUCAAACUCCUAGCUACGAUGACACCCCCAACCCGGAGUUUCUGAACCCGUCCUGGAUGGCCGGCAUCCCCGACGCCCAGCCGCUCUCCGGGGUCACCAUGCCGGGGACCCACAACACCAUGGCGUUGUACGGCGGCGUGUACGCCGAGUGUCAGUCCUGGAGCCUGGAGUCCCAGCUCCACGCCGGCGUCCGCUUCCUAGACAUCCGAGUUCGUCACAUCAACGGGAAUCUCACCAUCCACCACGGAGUGUCCUACCAGAGAGCCCACUUUGGCCACGUUCUGGAGGGCGUGGCCGACUUCCUGCUCAAGUAUCCGAGCGAGACGGUGCUGAUGCGCCUGAAGGAGGAGUUCAGUGAAACCAACAACAUCUACGGCACGGUGGUGGACUUCAUCCACCGCCACGCCCACUGGGACCUGCUGUGGCACAGCCGCACGGUGCCGACCAUGGGGGAGGCGCGGGGGAAACUCAUCAUCCUGCAGGACUUCUCCGGGCCCGACCUGGGGAUGCGCUACGGCUCCCUGGACAUCGCUGACGACUGGAAGGUUCCCUCCCUCCUGGACCUGAAGAACAAAUGGAGGAGCGUCUCUGAGCAUCUGGAAGCUGCUCCUGCAGGAAACCCGGAGCAGAUGUUUCUCACCUUCAGCAGCGGCGCCGGCGUGUUUGCAAACCCCAGAGCGGUGGCCCACUACAUGAACCCCCAGCUGCACCACUACCUUCAGGCCCAGACGGAUUCAAACCGCCGCUUUGGGAUCAUCUGCAUGGACUUCCCUGCUGCCCCGAUGAUUCGGAGGAUCAUCGACUUCCAGCUGACGGAAGUCCGGAAGGAUGAGAGACGUUUCCUCAGCAAAGCUGGUGGGAAACGUGGAACCUCCUCACUGCAGAGGAUCCUGAAGGACCGAACCAAGAGGACCUGAGACCUGAAGGGUCCAGCAACUAAAGUUUAGAGCAACUUUAGAUCCAAGAGGAUUAGUAUUGAUUCCACAAUUUGAUCCAGAGGCGCCAAACUUCCUGAAGGUCUAACCAAAAAAGGUCCACUUUCUGUAAAAUAAUAAAAGCAUCGUCCAAAA